GAAAGGUUUUUGAUACGCUCUUAAAUGUCUUGCAUUCUGCCCUUGGACACCGGCAUUCAAUCAUCGCCCGGUGACGCCAGGGCGGAUUCUCAGACACCAGGAAUGUCUUGCUCAAUAAUCGAGUAAAACCACCAAGCACCCCGGGCAGCCAUGACAGGCAAAAGACGAAGGAGCUCGGAGAGCAUUCCUUCCGCAGCCAACGAUGUCACCCUGCAAAGCAUAAUCCGCCGGGCGGAUCGCGGUCUCGUGGGUCGACCACCAGAGCCUGGUACCCACGCUGAUGCCUACUUCCGCAAUCUUUACUCAACGGAACCAGACUUUGGGAAGCUGGGCCGCCAAGACCAAGAAUUUGGAGCUAUGCUCAAACGUGGAAAUCUUGAUUUCAAUGAUCCAUCUGCCGUGAUGCAGCUCACCAAGACGCUGCUGAAAGCUGACUUUGGACUGAGUAUUGAUCUGCCUGACGAUCGUCUGUGCCCACCUGUACCAAAUCGCCACAAUUACCUCCUCUGGCUGAAGAGCCUACUAGAUAGCACCACCUACGGUGAUCCAGAUCAAAACGUCCUCGGGCUCGACAUCGGCACCGGAGCAAGCUGUAUCUACCCGCUUCUAGGAUGCACACAGCGGAAAUGGUCCUUCUACGCGACAGACAUUGACUCAAGGAGUCUGGAAUUCGCCAAGAAAAACGUAGAGUUGAAUAAUCUACAAAGUCGAAUCUCCGUCGUUGCCCGUACGCCCCAAGAUUCCAUGGUCCCCUUGAAAGAUUUGGGUACCGAGUCACUCACCUUCGUCAUGACAAAUCCCCCAUUUUACACCUCCGAAGACGACCUCUUAAACUCAGCAAAGAAAAAGUCGCGCCCUCCCUUGACGGCAUGCACCGGUGCACCAGUAGAAAUGGUGACGGACGGCGGCGAAGUCAAGUUCGUGUCCAGGAUUCUCGAGGAAUCACUCGUCCUGCGUGAGCAAGUGCAAUGGUACACAUCCAUGUUUGGGAAACAAUCGAGCCUUGAGGAGUUCAUCGCGAUUCUGAAAGAGAAGAGCAUCGGCAACUACGCCGUGACGGAAUUUGUGCAAGGUAACAAAACGAGGCGGUGGGCCGUCGCGUGGAGUUUCGGCACGAUGAGACCGUCAGAGGAGGCAGCCAAGGGGAUGAAGGCUGCCGUUUGGAAGAAGUUUUUGCCUCCGAGUGUAGAAUCCGAGGUGACUACAUUCCCGCUUGGUACAGAGAUAGGGAAGCUGCAAGACAAUGUUCAAGGGCUCAUGUCUUCAUUGGAACUACUUUCCUGGGAAUGGGACCGUGAGAAGCUUGCGGGUGUUGGCAGGGCGCGGGAGAAUGUAUGGAGUCGCGCUUGGAGACGGAAGAAGAUGCGGGAGGCACGCGAGGGCAAGAUCGAAGCCGAGGGAUCAUCAGACUCUGAGGUAUGCAAGUUUGGGUUUGAGGUUGUGCUAGAUGUUGGGCGAGAGAGGAUCGCCUUGAGGUGCCGGUGGAGGGAGGGGCAUGAUCAGGCACUCUUUGACAGCUUCGGUGGGUUUCUCAAGACCCGGGUGACCAUAUAAUUGGUCUGUCUUAUCGCUACCCGAGGAGAACAUUGCAAGAUAUCUCUCUUCUAGUUCCGACUCACCCAGUAAUGGAAAUGCAAGCAGCAACCAG